UGCCUACGUCAUUUAUAGCGUGUUUUACGCUCACACACCGCUGCCAGUCUGCGGCAAAUACGCCGAACCAGGUCGCUGGUAUGCCGCUAAACGCGCUAUAAUCUACAUUUAUUGCGUGGUAAGGAAGUGGAGGCAGUCAGACGAGGAGCAACCAAGCGUGGAAUCACCACGGAUUAAAGAAGACUUUCAAAUUGCGAAACAGGAACACCCGCAAUGCCUUUCAUCGCACCCAAGUGCAUUUGACUGCAUGAAUAUCAAUGGACUUGACAGCCAUGGAAACAAACUGGUGGCUCGCAUCAACAGACUACCUGGCCGAGUUGCCGAGGUAUGGUUGAUGCUAAAGCUAGGAGAUGGUCGCUACUUCCACUUCCCCGGAUUUCCCGACUCAAAAGUGUACAACACUGACGAUCAGACCUUCACAGCCGGCGGUCUGCAGUUUGAAGUGCUGGAACCGAUGCUGAAAUGGAGAAUCACAUUUAAUGGACUUCUCAGGGAAGGUCAGAGGAACGAGUGGGAUGAACAAAAUGAAGGAAAUCUGAUUCACGUACAAUUCUGCUUUGUGUGGACGGCGCUGACUGGGCAGUUUUCUUUUAACGACGACAUUGAUCCAAUCACGAUAUCUGACAGCAUUGCUAGAGAAAAGUGGAGUCUAAACUACCUGAAAACAAUUAAGGAGCUCAGUAGGAAACAUCGUAGGUAUGAAGUCUGUGGGCAGCUCUUUGGAAAGCUGAAUGUGGCCGAAGAGUCUGAGAGGACAUUGAUCUUAAGAGGAGUCAGGGAGCACUCCUGGGGCAUCCGAGACUGGGAAACAUACAACAGAUAUAUCGCCAACUGGGGUUAUCUGGACGACGGGACCCUGUAUUCUUUUUCCGUGGCAAGUUUUCCAGGAAUUUUAUCCCAUUUCGUCACUGGCUACAUUUUCUGGCCCAGCGGUCAACAAGUUAUUCUCAAGUCAACAGACCUUCACUUGUCUCGGCUCGGAGAGUUCACCAAAGCUCCUGAUAAGUUCAGCUUUACUGCUCUUGCGGGUGGGUGCUGAGAUGCAAGGCCGUACGCAGGAAAUUUUCUGUAGGGGGGCAAAGGU